AGAGCAAAACUUGCUUCCUGUUGUGAUGCUGUUCAAAACUUCGUUGGUUUCUCAAACAACACUCCAGUUGGAACUAACAUGAGUUACGAGGUGGAAAGUAAAAGGCGAAUUCCAAUUAGAGAGAACAUAUUCCAUAUGUUGCCCGUGUCCCAGCCUUUUGCCGAGUACCCUUACAAUCAUUGUGCUGUGGUUGGAAAUGGGGGAAUUCUGAACAAGUCUCUCUGUGGAGCUGAAAUAGAUAAAUCUGACUUCGUUUUUAGAUGUAACUUGCCUCCGACCACAGGAAAUGUUAGUGAAGAUGUUGGCAGCAAGACAAAUCUGGUGACUGUAAAUCCCAGCAUAUAACACUCAAGUAAAUAUGGGAACUUAAAGGAGAAGAAAGCAACGUUUCUGGAGGACAUUGCCACUUAUGGAGAUGCAUUCCUCCUUCUGCCAGCGUUUUCCUUCCGGGCCAACACUGGCACCUCUUUCAAAGUGUACUACACACUCAAACAGUCUCAAGCAAGGCAAAAGGUUCUCUUUUUCCAUCCCAAGUACCUGAAACACCUUGCCCUUUUCUGGAGAACUAAAGGUGUGACUGCCUACCGCCUGUCCACUGGCUUGAUGAUCACAAGUGUUGCAGUGGAACUGUGUGAAAAUGUGAAGCUGUAUGGAUUCUGGCCCUUCUCUAAAACUAUAGAAGACACACCCAUCAGCCAUCACUACUACGACAACACGCUACCUAAACGUGGUUUCCACCAGAUGCCCAAGGAAUAUAACCAAAUCCUCCAGCUUCAUGUGAAAGGAAUCCUCAAACUACAAUUUAGCAAAUGUCAAGUAGCUUAA